UCGCAUUGGUCGCACUCGAACAACGUGGACGUUUUUUUUUGACACGGACAUUCCAAACUGUGUUGAAGCCAUUUCAGGGAAAAAUAAGUUUCAAAGUUGCAUUUUUCACAACUGUAGCUUCGAAGGGGUUAAAAUCGGCGCGAAAAUGCCCCGAAAGUCUGCCCGAGCCGGCCUCAGCCAAGCGUCUACCUCAAGCCAAAGUCACUCGGAAUCCAGAAUCGAGGAACACUUGGCGUCUUCGCAAGCCAGUCUUGACGAUCAAGUGAAUAACGUGGUUCGGUAUAUCGUGAACAACGCUGGACAAAAUUUGUACUUCCGUAGAGCUGAUAUUCAAAAGUGUUGUGGGGCUAAAGUGGGGCAACAAUUUCAGCAAGUGCUCGAGAAAGCCACAGCGAUCCUGAAAAAUGUGUACGGGUACAACAUUUUGGCCUGUGAUCAGACACCGAGUUCCGGUAAAGCGUACAUCGUCAGUAACGCGCUUCCAUACAGAAAUUACAAACCCGACGCCGACGACAUUCAAGCCAAAGAAAUCCAGAAGAUCGUCCUUUUGUUGAUUUUGACCCAUAUUUACAUGUCGGAUGGUCCAGUUCCUGAUGCGUCCGUGUAUUCGUUUUUGAAAAGCUUUGGAAUUGACGUCAACAUUCGGCACCCACUAUUUGGACUAAUCAAAGACUACAUCACUAAUGUUCUCAUUAAGCAGAAAUUCCUAUCACUGGAAACUGAUCCCAUCACUAAAAAAAGUUUGUUCUCGUGGGGGAUCCGCGCCGAGACGGAAAUCAACAAACACGAACUCCUCAAAUUCGUGUGCAAAGUGUGCAAAAACCGACAACCCAAGGCUUGGGGGAACCAGUACAAGGCAGCUUGUAGCCAAGAAUUCAAAAAUGAGAGGCUUGUUGACCAAAACGCGAUGGAUGUUGAUGAGGAGUAGUUAAUUCUAGUGAUUUUUGCGUUUUUAUUGUUGUACAUUGUGAUUUUUUAAAUAUAUUUCUAUUAACAAGUA